AUGACGAGAGGAUAUUCGUUAGAAAAAGAUUUAAGAUUAUUAAUAAAUAAUCCAAAAGUAAUUUUAGCAGCAAGAUCAGAAGUAUUUGAUAGAUUACUUUAUAAUGGGAUGAAAGAAAGUUAUGAAAAUAAAAUUUCUUUUCCAAAGAUUAAUUCCGUUGGAAUGGAAAUUGUAUUAGAAUAUACUUAUACGGGAUCAAUUAAAGAAGAAUCUUUAUCAAAAGAUAAUAUAAUUGAGGCAUUUUAUGCUGCGGAAUAUCUUCAAUUACUAGGCCUUCAGGAUUUUAUUAUGAAAGUUUUCAAAAAUAUAUUAGAAAAAAAUCAAACAGAAAAUUAUUCACCAGAAUUAUUAUCUAAAUUUGCAAGUAAAAUGCCAUUAACAGAGAAUAAUAUACUUUUAAAUUUGUCGGUUGAAGCGGUAGCUACUAUUCCAUUAAAUACCGUUGAAUUUGGUCGAUUAUCUAUUGCAGGACUUCAAUAUCUUUUAGUUUGUACAUAUGAAAAAGAAAGACCUUUUGCGACCCCAGAAUACGAAGUUUUCCGAUAUAGUGCUAUUCUUGCUGCAAAGCAAGUUUCUAAUGAUGCAUAUAAAACUCUUAUUGAACGGUCAAUCUUAGAAAAAAUAGAACAAAUAGAAAACUCUGUACAAUUAGAAAAUAAAAAUAAAUUUAUUACCGGUCAACAAAAAGUUGCUAAAGAAUUGGAACCUUUAGUUGAAUUUAUUGAUUUCAAACGAAUUCAUGGUCAAGCAUUAGUUGAUAUCAUCGAACCAUUAGAAAUUGUCCCAGCUAAAAUAAUUGUAAAUGUUUAUCGACAUAAUACAAUAUCCAAUAAUUCCAAUAGAACUUAUUUUCGAGGAAUACCCAUAACAAAUUGUACCAAUUAUGUUUGGGAUGAGUCAGCAUGUGGAUCAAAACUUAUAAUUGAGGAUAAUGGAAAAACUGUACAUGCACAAAUGAAAGUUUGUUCAUGGUCUUGGGUUGGAGUAGCAUCAGAAAAUUUAAAUUAUGAAGAUUUUGCAGGACUAGAUGGAAAAACUUGCGCUUUUACAGUUAAUGGAACAAAGUAUCAAGAGGUACCAACAUGGAAUAAUUUACCAUCAAGACUUUAUCCAGUAGCAUCAUUAACCUACCCUGGUCGAUAUCGAAUUCAACCUCAUAAAAAAAAUAUUUAA